GCAGACCACAAACCCCUCUGCACCGUCCUGUCCUCUGUCUCUGCCAUCCUGACCUCACCACCCCCCCUCGCUGCCGCCCCCACCAUGCUCACUCUGCCCUCCAGCACCACAGCCACUAGAGUUGUGUUGGGAGAGAGCAAACUCUUCAUGAAUCAGUUCAAAAAACCAUAUCCAGAGAAUAUGGUCUUUUAAUGAAGUUCUUUACUGAAAAGAACUGCCUGGCUGGGCAAUGGGCAGGUGGCCAUAUGCCUGAGACAGGGGACAUCCUGCCAGGGCAAAGGAGCAUGUUCUGGUCCUCUCGACCACAGUGCCACGUGCACCCUAGUCUCUGCCAUCCAGCCUUUGCUGCUGAGGGUGAAAUAUGCAUUGGUCAGCUGGAGGCUGGCCAUGGCCCCUGCCCAUGCAGACUAAGGGUCUGCCCCACAGCUCACUGAAGUCAAUGGAAAGAUGCCCAGCUGACUUCUCUGGUGGGCUCUGGAUCAGGUCCAGCACAAGGAGGAGACUCUAUUAAUUAUUUUGUAGCUAAUCAUUCUGGAGUUCCAAGACAAGUGGCUUGGAGGAUACUUUUGCAGUGCAACAGGAGGAGGGUUGACCAACCAGGUUUCAGGGGAGGUGCAUAAAAAGCUGUCUGAAAGUGAUCCAUCAAGCUGCCUGGGAAGGAGAACGUAGUUCACUGUCCAGAAGAGCGAGUUCCAGACACAUUGGGGAGAGACUCCUCAUGCCAUCACCAAAGAACUUCUAGCCACAGGUGGGAAUUCCAACCUAAGCACCAUCCCUCCUUUGGGACACACAGGCUUCUUAGGACCUUGAAGAUGAAGGCUGCAAUGUCACUGGUGGGAAGCCAGGGCAUUAUCUCAGUCACCGAGAUCCUUAUUGCCUCUACUGUCUUCUGUCUGAUGUUCAUGGUCAUCAGAUCCUUCCGGCAGCAGAUCCCCAAGGGGCUGAAGAGGCUCUCAGGACCAAGGGGUUACCCACUGAUAGGCAAUGUGCUGGAGCUGGGGAGCAAUCCACACCUGACCUUGACUCAGAUGAGCCAGAAGUAUGGAGAUGUGAUGCAGAUACAGAUCGGCGCCAGACCUGUGCUGGUGCUGAGUGGGUUGGACACCAUCAAACAAGCCCUGGUGAAGCAAGGGGAGGUCUUCAUGGGGCGCCCUGAUCUCUACAGCUUUCGCAAUAUUGGAGAUGGCCAGAGCAUGACCUUCAGCACUGAUUCAGGGGAGGUGUGGAGAGCUCGCAGGAAGUUGGCCCAGAAUGCCCUGAAGACCUUUUCUGUCUCGCCCAGCCCCAACUCUUCGUCCACCUGCCUCCUCGAGGAGCAUGUCUCCAAAGAAGCUGACUACCUAGUAAGAAAGUUCCUGCAACUGAUGGAGGAGAAGAAGAGGUUUGACCCCUAUCGGUACGUGGUGGUCUCUGUGGCCAAUGUCAUCUGUGCCAUGUGCUUUGGCAAGCGUUACGACCAUGAUGACCAAGAGCUGCUCAGCAUAGUGAAUGUGACAGAUCAAUUUGGGGAUGUGGCUGCCUCUGGCAAUAUAGCGGAUUUCAUCCCAGUGCUCCAGUAUUUCCCCAACAGCACCAUGAAGAAAUUUAUAGAAUUCAACAAGAGGUUCCUCAGGCUCCUGCAGGACAUUGUCAAAGAGCACUACGAAAGCUUUGAGAAGGACAACAUUCGAGACAUCACUGACUCCUUGAUUGAGCAAAGUCAGGAGAAUAAAGUGGAAGCCAAUGUCAACAUUCAGCUCCCGAAGGAAAAAAUUGUCAACCUGGUCAAUGACCUCUUUGGAGCCGGUUUUGACACUGUGACAACAGCUUUGUCCUGGAGCCUCAUGUAUCUUGUGACUUAUCCAGACAUUCAGAAAAAGAUUCAGGAAGAAUUAGAUCAGACCAUUGGCAGAGAGAGGAGACCCAGACUCUCAGACCGGCCCAUGCUGCCUUACACAGAAGCCUUUAUCUUAGAGAUGUUCAGACAUUCCUCCUUCAUGCCCUUCACCAUUCCUCACUGCACAACGAAAGACACAGUACUGAAUGGCUACUACAUCCCGAAGGACCUCUGUGUGUUUGUCAACCAAUGGCAAGUCAAUCACGAUGAGAAGCUUUGGAAAGAACCAUCUAAGUUCGACCCAGAGCGUUUCCUCCAUGCCAGAGGGACUGAAGUAAACAAGGCGGAUGGUGAGAAGGUGCUGGUCUUUGGCCUGGGGAAGAGGAAGUGCAUUGGCGAGACCAUUGCCAGAUGGGAGGUCUUCCUCUUCCUGACCACCCUGCUGCAGCAGCUGGAGUUCAGCGUCUCUGAUGGAGAGAAGGUGGACAUCACGCCUGUGUACGGCCUGACAAUGAAGCACAAGAGGUGUGAGCACUUCCAGAUUAAGCAGCGCUUCCCAAUCCAGAGUUCAGAGUGAGCCACCUCUGGACACUGGAUGGGGGAAAGCGAAGAUCCCAUUUGAAUUUUUACCCUUAGGGGCCAUAUGCUAAGAUAAAUUGGACCCAAUAUAGCUUCUAUCUGAUUAAUCUGUAUUGAUUUGUCUUACCCGUCUGUUAACUAGCUCCAUCACCCUCACCUGUAGAAUCACAACAGACAUGCCAGGGUAGCCUGGCUUGUUCACACAGGUGUAACUGCUUUCGGGGGUGAUGCAUGAUAGCUGGGGUUCUCUACUGAAUUCCUCUUCGAAUGCUACUAAGGUGUAUUCCCUUAAUGCUUCCUUAUAACAGACAGCCAAAAGUUGAAGGCAUCGGGACCACCCAUGUGCUUAAAGUUAUACAUGUGCUUAAGAUCUUUGCUAAACUGGAACCUAAGCCUGUCCCAAAUGUCAUGAUGACCUUCAUCCAGGUAGAGUAUUAAGGUCCACGGACAUCUUAGGAGGCAGAUCCUCACCUGAAAUAAACACCUUAUUGGAGCUAGGACAAUUGACUUGACAACUGACGACUAACCCUUGUGUUCAGUCUUGUCUAUUACAUUGUAGAAGAAGGUUAGGCUUGUCAAGGAGAGUAAAAAGGACUUCAGCAGCUCACUCCCAGCUGAAUAUACAUAAUACAACAACUUUGUUUACAUGGAUUAGCUUUCUGGAUUCUUGGACCUGUUUGAUUUCCUCCAAAGAGCCCCAGAAACUGAGGCUGCCUCGAUGAAUGAGCUCUGUGCUGUAAGACAGCCCAUGAACACAUGGUAGAUGAACCUUUUGAUAUUAGCAAGUAACUAUUGCUCAGACCCAUGUCUCACGUAUGCUAAAAAGGUCACAUGACCCUGCUGCAGGUUCCAAAGAGCCUUUGAAAUGCUAUGGGUGCCAUGAGAAGAAAGUGGGGAUGAAAUUAUACUGCAUCUUUGAACAAGUGAAAGGAAAUAAUAGUCAGCCCUAGCUUAUAUCAUCCAUAGAUCCCAAAGCACUUUGCAAAUGAGAUCAGCAUAAAUUUACAGCUGAGGAAAGGAGAGCUGGAUAGUGACUUGCUCAAGAUCACCCAACCAGGAAGCAAACCCAGGUCUUUUGAGGCCCAGUCCAGUGCCCUAUCCAUUAGGCAACACUGCCCGACUGGAAGUUGCAUUUGAGAGCAGAGCCCAGGUAAGCAUCUCCCUAGCUGCUAGAAUCCAGCAAACUUUAUUGUCACUAGGAGUUUCAAACUUUUCCUUAGCAUGGGCCCCCUCUUAUUCGAGAGAUUGUCUCCUGAACAUCAUUGACAACCCUCCCUGCCAAACUGGUAAGAGGUUUAAUCAGGUGUCUGAUGAAUCUGCUUAUGGCUGACAAGCCCAAUUCGAGAGUGACAUAGCUUGGUACAAAUUUCACAGCUCCAGAUGUUGUCUGGGUUGGAGUCCAAGAUUACAGCACGCUGCUUUCUUCUUUCUUGCUCUGCUUCCAUCCUCUUACUCAAAGCCACUUCGUGUUGAGCUCCACCCAGUGCCAGAUGUUCCCUCCAGAUUGAAUGGGCUUCUGCACGCUCCUCCUAGCUGUCUACAUUGAUGUUGAAUGAAUUAAUAUCAUUUUUGCACAUGUCAUGGUACCGCCAUAAAGGGAGACCCCACUUUCUAGAGCCGUGCCGAAUCUCACUGUACAAAAUAUUCUUGGGGAUACGGUCUCCUGUCCUCCCAUUCUCCUGACAUGACCAAGCCAUUGCAACCUCCUCUUCUUAAUAUGGUUUCUAAGUAUGUCAGUCCUGUGUGCUCCAGCACCUUUAUUUGGUAUUUUGUCUUCCCACUUCAUUUUCAGAAUCUUAUGCAGGCAUCUCAUGUGGAAGCUGUUCAGUCUCAUGAUGUGCUUAGCAUAUGUAUUCUGAGUCCCUGAACCAUAAAGUAGGGAUGACAGCACACAGUCUCCUGAACACCUCCCCUCCUAAUCACAGUCCUGGACAACACUUUUCCCUUAGCCCCACCAAUUUUGCAUCGACCACCUCCUCUGCCCUUUGGAGUUGCGUGGGUGAUCUCUCUUCCCAUAUGCAAUCAUGUAACACGCAGCAAUUGGUCACGGUGAUGACUGGUAUUAGGAAAGCAGUUACAUUUGUUUGACAUGUUAAAUGCAAUAUGUGUUCAGUUCUUUGUUCUGGCAAUAAAGCUGGUGGAUCAUCUUCACGAGGCGGGCACAUUUUUCUCCAAGACUUCAUUCUUGAGCUGCAGGGCCUGAUUUAGAUCUUGUUCACACCGGUACAAGCAGGGCCAGCUCCAGGGUUUUGGCCGCCCCAAGCAGCCA